AUGCAUCUCAAUACCCUUCUCCUGGCGCUGGCAUCCACAGCACUCGCCAAACCAACCCCCCCAGCUUCUGCCCGUCUAUGGGCAACACACUAUAACGGAAAUGUCUACACUCUAGAACUAAACGGCACCGAUCUCGCCAUCAAACAAACCCUCAAGACAUGUGGCGCCAUGCCGAGCUGGCUAACACUUGACGCGAAGACACGCACGGUCUAUUGUUCCAAUGAAGAUGGGACGAAUGAUCCAUCCACGCACGGCACGUUGACGGCGCUACGUGCUGCGCCGGAUGGUCGACUCCAAGAGGUCGCAGUUACCGAUACUGUCGGCGGUGGUGUGAAUAGUGUCAUUUACGAAGCGGACGAGGGCAAGAAGUAUCUCGCGAUUGCGCAUUAUGAGGGCUCGGCCGUCUCGACCUUCGCACUGCCUAUCGAGAAUAACCAACCAGCUCUACAAGAAUUCCACUUCAACAUGACCCACCCAGGCAAAGUCGCGCAGCAAGACUCACCACACCCCCACGAGGUCUUCUUGGACCCGACUGGCUCGUUUAUCGUGAGCCCCGAUCUAGGUGCGGACCUCCUGCGCGUGUACUCCAUCAACGGGGACUCGGGCAAGUUGGAUGAGUGCCCCAGCACGAAUGUCACGUUCGGCAGUGGACCGCGCCACGGCGUCUUCUGGACAGAUGGUACUGACCGGACGUCUGAGGGCGCCACGCACCAGCGUAAGCUUGCGGCUGUCGGCAAGACGAUGCUUUACGUUGUUAACGAGAUCGGAGGUACGAUGAUGGUGUAUGAUGUUUCGUAUUCUCGGUCUGGGUGUUUGUCGCUUGAGAAGAAACAGACGAUUGUUCCGUAUCCUAAGGGUGUGAUGCCUGACGGUGCGACACCGGCUGGUAUCAAGCGCAUUGGCAAUGCGCUGUAUGUUUCGGUUCGUACAGACCAGGGAUACAAGCCAAAUGAUUCAAUGGUUGUGCUUGAUCGGUCGCCUAAGGAUGGGUCAGUGAAGGUGCGAAACUCCUCCUCUGCGUUUGGCAAGGUGCCACGGACUUUUGUGAUCAAUCGAGCCGGAAAUUUGGUUGCGAUUGGGGACCAGGCUUCGGCGACAGUUGCGAUUGUGCUUCGGGAUCGACAGACUGGGAACCUAGGGGAUGAAGUUGCUGUUCUACAGGUUGGUGAGCCUGGAAAGGUUGGGUCCGCGGAGGGAUUGAGCAGUAUCAUCUGGGAUGAGUAA